GUUUGCCUGCCUGCCUGCCUGCCUGCUCUGGCUUGCUUAUCAGCAGCCCCCCUCGCCACUCUUUAUCUUUUAGUCUGCGCAUAUUUACAAUUUUUCCCCCUCAUUUCUUUUUUUUUCAUACUAUAUUUUUUGUACGCACAUUUAUACACCGCACACACUUUAAAGUGCCAAAGAACCCUAUUAUUCAAUUGUAACAAUAAAUUAAGGAAAAUGUCUAGCCUUCGGAUUCUGGUGGGAGUCAAGCGCGUUGUGGAUUCGGCAGUCAAAGUGCGUGUCAACAGCGCACAGACUGGGGUUGAGACGGCCAACGUGAAGCACAGCAUGAACCCAUUCGACGAGAUAGCGGUGGAGGAGGCGAUCCGCCUGCGCGAGAAGCACGGCAAGGAUAUCGUGCAGGAGAUCAUUGCGGUGUCCUGCGGCCCAGCCAAGGCACAGGAGACGCUGCGCACGGCACUGGCAAUGGGUGCGGACCGCGCGAUCCACGUCAAGACCGACGACAACCUGGAGCCGCUGUCCGUGGCCAAGCUGCUGAGCAAGAUCAUUGGCGAGGAGAAGCCGUCCCUUGUGAUCCUGGGCAAGCAGGCGAUUGACGACGACUCGAACCAGACGGGGCAGAUGCUCGCAGGGCUCCUCAACUGGCCGCAGGCGACGUUUGCAUCCAAGGUGGACAUCAAGGACGGGGCGCUGGAGGUUGUGCGCGAGGUGGAUGGCGGGCUGGAGACGGUGUCGUCUUCGCUGCCGGCGGUUAAGAAGCCGCUCAAGACCGUGUCGCCCGCCGACCUCGGCGUGGACAUCAGGAGCCGGCUGCAGACGCUCAAGGUGACGGAGCCGGCCAAGCGCCAGGGCGGCAAGAUGGUUGCCAGUGUGGACGAGCUGCUGGACAAGCUGCGCAACGAGGCCAAGGUGCUGUGAGGGGGGAGGGGGAAGGAGGGCGAAUCAGAUGCCUUGGAGUUUAUUCU